AUGGCGGAGGGUUUGAAGAAGAAGGUUGAAGAGAGUUAUACUCACGUCUUUGGGGAGAAAUUAAACCUAAAAGAGGAGGUUUCUAGGUUAAAGGAAGAGUACGGAGCCCUAGAAGAAUCGAUGGCUCAGGGUAUAGACAAAAUGGCAAGCAAGAAGAUAGCAGAUGCUAAACUCGUGAAAGAUUUUCAGGCAGUGUUGAAAGAAUUUCAGAAGCUAAUAGCUAAUUCUGGUAAGACUCCAGAACAGCGUGCCGUUCUUGUGGAAUCCAAAAUGCAAGAGGUCUUGUUUUCAGAUAAUGAGUUUGCCUUCAAUGAGGCUAUCAUUGAAGAAAGAGAGCAUGGCAUUCAAGAAAUUCAGUAG